AUGCCGGAGGAGCGGGCGAGUUCGGCUGGGGACGCCGCGCCGCGGCAGCGGUCGCGGUCGCCGCCGGGACGCCGCAGGGCUGCGAAUCCCGCGCCCGCCGCCGCCGAGGAGGAUGACGAACUGUACGACUACAGCUACGAGGAUGACGACGCCGGCAGCGCCACGCCGGCGGCGGUCGUCUCGGACCCGUACAUGGGCAGCGAGGCCGCGGGAGGCCAGAAGGCCGCGGGAGGCCAGAAGGCUCGACCAGAAGCGGACAGGGACCACGGCGCCAAGGGCGCGCCGGUCUUCGACGACUACGAUUAUUACUCGUACUCGGAGGUGGAGGACAAGGAGGACGACCGCGGCGGCGACGAGGGCGCGUGCGACCGGGCGCCGCGACCGGAACGCGGCGGCGUGCCGCAGAGGGCGCGGGCGGCUGGCGCCGCGACGGAGGGAGGGGGGAGGGCUGCGCACCAGUGCGGCUGCCGAGCCGGGCGGCGCGGUUCGCCGAUGGCCACGACGGCCGUGCCCGGGGACCGGCAGCAGGAUCCCCUGCAUUCCCCUCUGUCUACCAAGUCGACCAUGGCCUGCAAGCGCGACGGGCAGGACAAGUGGUCGUGGGAGCAGCGGCUGAGAGAGCAGCUCUCUCAGCCGCUGCUCCCCCUGAUGGCCGAGUUCCGCGAGGGGGCCGCAGAGGGCAUCCGCGUGGAGCUCAUGGACCCAGUGUCGCGGCUCGUCUGCCAGGCCGUCUUCAAAAUGGACUCGGAAAUAAAUUCGAUCAGCCUCCAGCCUGCCUUCUGCCCAGAGCAGGUGGGACGUCCACGACAUCGGCUCUGUGACAAAGGGCGAAGCGUUCAAGGGCCAUGUGCCGGAGCUGGCCGACCACAGUGCUUCCUGCUUGGGUCUCGAGCUCGACAGCGAGAUCAGGGUCAGGUUCCUCCGCUUCUCGGACCGGCAGCUGCGCGACGAUUUCUACGCCUGCCUGAAGAUUGUGCAGAUGUGCAGCGGGAGCAAGAAGCCCGAAUAACCAGCAGCGGGGGCACUGUGGCAUGUCAUAUUUCUUGCGCGGUCGGUUGCAAGGCGCUUCCCUUGCGCACCAACAACAUUUGA